UCAUUCAUCUGAUAGUCCUUGUAGCCACAAUGUUCUCUGAUAACGUUGCAUAGCAUAGAAUAGCAUAGCAAAUGGGAAGAAUGGGUCAGUCCUCUGGGAUCAUCGUAAUUCUGCUAGGUGCUGGGCUGAUGUUCAUGUUUACCGCCUCAGCUACCACGCCGGGAAACCAUGCCACAGCAGCGGCCACAGAGUUGCCGAACUCCCCAGCACCGGCCAACUCAGGAAAUCAGCUCUCUCUGCAGUGAUUGCCAUCUCGGACGACUUUUGCAACCCCGUGAGGCCAUGCUGUCGCGUUGCUGAUGUUCAGCCCCCUACUGCAGUGACGGCCACCCAAGACGACUGUUGCCACCCCAAAGGGAAGCCAUGCUGUCGCAUUGGCUGAUGUUCGGCCCUCCCAUCCCAGACAACUGUUGCUCCCCUGAUGUGAAGCCAGGCUGUCCCGGUUCCAAAAGUCGAGAGAGUUGGUCCCGGUGAUAAAUAAAGUUGUCUGUCAUUAGGGGUACGUAUAUUUGGGUAUGUAAGGGUGUUGUGAUAAGGGUGUCGUGAUAAGUUUUAAAGAGACCAAGGGGGUGUUUCGUGCGUGAAAUAAUGGGUUGCCAAUAAUAUGAUCAUUAGUAAAUUCUUAGGAGUCAAUUUUCUGCUAAACUAAUUUAGACUCGAAUCAUUUUUUUGUAAUCAGCUUCCCCAGAACAGAAAUCCGUGCACCUCCGAAAGCACCCGAAUGCUCAUGCUUUAGCUAUAACGUCUUUACCAAAAUCGUGAUGCAUGAGCGCUUCCAUAAUUCCCACGAAGCUCAUGUAUUGUAGGCUCAUAACCGAUCAAUAGGUUGGAAGAUAGAUAACUUGCACUGAUUGCGAAUAUACUCAGAACCAUGGUUUCCGGAUUGGCAAGCUCUUGAUGCAACUUUUUGUCCUAUUCACCUCUCUAAAGCCACUUUGCUCUUUGCAACUUUGACAAAUAAAACAUGCAAGCACAAUCUUCUGCAUUCACUUCCAUCAGGUUUCUUAUCUUAAAGCAAAACAUUUCGGAUGAUACCCCUCUAGAAAGCAAACUCUCUCUUUAUAUCUUUCCAGUGAUAUGGCCGAAUCUACGAUUCCCCAGCCCCACAGUCCCAAGAAAUGACCAGACUGUUCACUUGAUCGAACACUCAUAGCCGGGAACGUUAUCAAACAUCGACACACGUGAAUGGAUGAUGAGCUAGAGACUAGCUAGAAUGUGAAAAGGAGAUUAUUUUCAUGUCCCGCACUUUGGCUCUUCAUAUUAUUCCCUUCCACAGUCGCACCACAAAAACUGCUUCAGUCUCACCUUCCUACAGCUCCCUUCCUCUUCGGUGGGCUCAUGAUUCUGGUUCUGGAGGUAGAGAAGCCUCGAGUCACUGAGAUACAGGUCAGGAUCGACUGCCAUGGAUGUGUUCAAAAGAUCAAGAAGGCACUGCAUGGAAUAAACGGAAUAUAUGAUACCUGCUUCGACUUACCCCAACAGAAGCUGACAAUCAUCAGUUGGGCUGAUCCCGGGAAGCUGGUCAAAGCCAUAAAGAAGUCGAGAAAAACUGCCACCAUAUGUCCCGAUCCCAAUCAGCCCGCUCAGCCACCAGAGCCACCGCUCGAGGGUGGCCAGCCACCCCCUGAAGCAGCAAAGCCCUCAGACCAUCCACCACCCAAGGCAUCCUGGCCGGCAGAUCCACCCAAGGACCUACCAACACCUGACAAUCCACAACCACCAAAACCCGAGAUCCCACAAGGAGAGGCGAAUCCUACUAGCGGCACUAAGGAACCAGUAUUGCCCCCCUUCGGGCAGCAACAGGAUGGAGAUGUUUUCAUGAUAAGCUGGCCGAACAAUUACGGCUACAGACAACCUUGGUUUGGACAGCCCGUUGAGCUGACUGCCCCCUUCCAUAUAACCCACAGAUACAACACCUGCAUGCCUUUCCCUUUAUGUUACUGAAUACAUCGAGUCACCUGCAAAGUACCCAAACUACUAUGCCAAUGGAGGAGCAGCAGGGUGUGACCGUCACUACAAGAGUAAGAGCUACAGUAGGGUGAGUAAGAACGUAGCAUCGAUCUUGAGCGACGAGAAUCCACACGCUUGCAGAAUAAUGUAGAAAGAAUAACAGGUCAGUACUCAACGAGAAAGAAUGAAGGGGGCAAAAGGGACUUCUACACUUCCGAAUAAUGAGAUAAAUGUAUUGAUCAAUUGUAUUCUCAAGCUUCUGCAAGCUGUAAAGGAACCAAAGCCAGGGGUAUUCAGCUCUUCGAACAUAAACUAAAAUGGGAUGUGGUUUCAUUACAAUAU